AUGGAUCUCCAAGGCACUCCUCUUCCUCACGGCGCCCGCAGCACCAAGGUCACCACCGAUCCUCUUGCCUCCCAGCAGCCCAAUGAGGAGUCUGCUGGUCCAGUUGCUAGCGACUCACUCGCUGCUCAAUCCGUCCGCGAGGGCGGUGCAUUCUCAGAGAACCGUGGCGCCAAGCCCAUUGGUGUUUCCGGCAGCAAGUCUACUUUGAACAACACCGACACAUCCAGCGCUACUAAGCUUCCUUCUGCUCCUGUUGGCGGCCUCCGUGACGAUCGCGAGCGCCAGGAGAAGUACCCGGAGGCUCUCGGUGGUCAGGGUAACUUCCCAGGUGUCCAUCUCUCCCAGAGUGGCUACGUUGGUGGCCCCACUUCUUCGAAGGAGCAAAAGGGUAUGCACGCUGGCCAGCAGUCCACUGCUAGCGGCAGCGGUCCUAGCCAUGUCGCCGGCCAGGCUCCCUCUUACAUAAAUGACGUUACCGACGGCUACAAGCACUCCAAGCCUGAUGGCCGUAACAUUCACGAGGGUGGUUUCUCUUCCGACGAUAAGAACGCUAGCUUCACCACCGAAAUCGGCUCUGACCAGGAUCCUGCCCGUGCUGCUAUCAACAAGUUCCAGCGCACUAAUGCUGAGAGCGGUCCUGAUGCCGGUCGUGCCCGCCAGAAGGGUGUUGAGGACCAGCACCCCUUCCAGACUCUUGAUGAGCAGCGUAUUUAA